CUCCACAGUCUCUCACUCCCUCUUUCUCUCUCACUCCCUCUCUCUCUCUCUCCCCAUCUCUGAUUAGAUAUACUGAUUCCUCCUUUCAAUGGACGUCAUUUAAGCGCAGACUCCUGCCUUGAGUUGCGUCCUCCGCUUCACGCCCGAUUUCCGACCAUUCUUUCCUAAUUAUUAAGUAUUGCUGUAAUAUUAAUAGUCAUGAAUGCGUUCUAUUAGGAGUCCAAGAGGGAGACGAAGAAGCGGCUCUUUUGCUAAUAUGAGCUCAAGCGAGGGGACGGCAGCACUGUGAUAAAAGCCAGGGGAGCAGGGAGAAAAGAGGCUUUACCGAGAGAAACUUUUCAACCCAAAUCCGCCAGCACCGCCGAAUAUCUGCAUUUUUAGACCCACAUGAAGGGCAGCGGGGGAUCUAACCGUUUGUUUCUGAUGGAUUAUCGUCCUGCUUCUGUGGCACAUAUCUGAUCGCCGGGGCCAUCGUGAUCUUCCAGGACAGAAGAAGGCUUUUCGGGGGGCUACAGUUUUUUUUUUUGGUUUGCUGGUUGAUUCCAAUUUGCCCCCCCUCCCAAAAAAACACACACUCGAAGUGUUUUUGAACUGCUUAUUCUUUUCUUGAGUGGCACCAAAAAUCCUUUGAAAUGUUAGUGCACAGUUUUUCCGCGAUGGACCGUCACGACGGCACCAGCAAUGGGACAGCCAGGCUACCUCAGCUGGGCGGCGUGGGCCAGAGUCCCUACACGAGCGCUCCUCCGCUCUCCCACACACCCAACUCGGACUUCCAGCCCCCGUACUUCCCCCCGCCUUACCAGCCCAUCUACCCGCAGUCUCAGGACCCUUACUCGCACGUCAACGACCCGUACUCCCUCAACUCCCUGCACGCCCAGCCGCAGCCGCAGCACCCGGGCUGGCCCGGCCAGAGGCAGAGCCAGGACAGCGGCCUGCUGCACCAGCACCGCAGCUUGCCCCACCAGCUGUGUCGGGAGUACCGCCGGGAAGUGCUGCUACCGUCCGGCCACGGCAUCGACACGGGACUGUCGGACUCUAUCCCUAUCCAUGGAAUACCUCACUCUUUAGACGACGUUCAGUCUGUUGAUGAUCAAGGAAUUCACAUUCCCGACCAGACUGUAAUUAAAAAAGGUCCAGUGUCUUUAUCCAAGAACAACAACAUCUCCUCCAUCCCCGUAAAUAAGGACGGUCUUUUCGGAGGGGUGGUAAACCCCAACGAGGUGUUCUGCUCGGUUCCGGGUCGCCUGUCCCUGCUCAGCUCCACAUCAAAGUACAAGGUCACAGUGGCGGAGGUGCAGAGACGCCUCUCGCCACCCGAGUGCCUGAACGCCUCUCUGCUGGGCGGGGUGCUGAGGAGGGCCAAGUCUAAGAACGGAGGAAGAUCCUUAAGGGAGAAGCUGGAUAAAAUCGGCUUGAAUCUACCUGCGGGCAGACGCAAAGCAGCCAACGUCACCUUGCUGACGUCACUAGUCGAAGGCGAGGCGGUACAUCUUGCCAGGGAUUUUGGUUAUGUAUGCGAGACCGAGUUUCCAGCCAAGGCAGUAGCUGAAUAUGUAAACCGUCAGCAUUCCGACCCAAACGAACAAGUCCAAAGAAAAAACAUGCUAUUGGCCACAAAGUAA